UCUAUUAGAGCUUCAGACGACAACGAACCUUUAGUAGCUAUUCUCUUGCCUCCCAAUUACUUGCCUACCAGCCAGGAAAAAAAAAGCUAUACGCAAAAUCAAGAUAAUGAUAAACAUUCCUUGACAGCGAUUAGUGAAAGUAAUAAAUAUCCAGUAAGAUGUCGUAAAAAAGCGAACCAUAUUUUAAAUGACUAUUCUCCUGUGAUUGUUGUCAUUCCUUCUAAGCAAAGCAAUACUAUCUUCAACAUAUGGAACCGUUUGCGUAAAAAGACAGAAAAUAAUAGCAAUUUAUUGCAAAAAAAUGAAACUCAGUUUUUGAGGAAUUUGUUUCCACCUGCGAAAGUAGAAUUAGACGAAGAUAUCAAUGGAUAUUUAGAUAAUAUAUUUUCUAUUUUUUAA